UUCCGUCCGUUGGCGGCUGUCACGGUAUGUUGUGGAGCCGCGGCGUAGCCUUCCCUCCCCCUGGCGGCCGUUGAGAAGAGAGGCUGAGGUUGGUUGUCAAAAAGAUGAAGAUAAGCUGGUCUGCAUAUGAUACAUUUGAGGCUAAUUUCAAGCCUUUGGUGGUGGUUGAGCUUGCACAAAAUACCAAAGAUGAAACCAAAGAAUGGCUGAUGCAGAAGAUUGUAGGGAAGAAGAAGAAUGGAGGAGCCCAACUUUUAGUUAAACCCUUGUUGGAGAAAGGAAAAGAGAUUGAAGGAAGCAAGAACAUAUAUCUUGUUGGAGCAUCUUAUUUAAGGCUGCUUCUAGGAGCGGAAACUGUAGGGUUGGUUAAAGAAUGUAAUGAUAAUACAAUGAGAGUGUUUUCAUAUACAUCUAGAAAAAACUUUAAAGAUUUUGCAGAGGACAAUCAUGAUUUCCUUACAAUGGCAGAAUGUCAAUACAUUAUCAAACAUGAACUUGAAAAUUUAAGAGCUAAAAAUGAAAAGAUGAUCCCUGGCUAUCCUCAGGCAAAGCUUUAUCCAGGAAAGUCAAUUAUGCGAAGGUUAACAACUAAUGGCAUUCUACUUCAGGUUUUUCCACUUCAUGACCCAGACCAUUUAAAGAAACUUGGGCAAAUAUGGUAUGAACAACUGAAAAUUAGAUACCAACCUUUAGAUGAAAUUCGCUGUUAUUUUGGUGAAACACUUGCUUUCUAUUUUGCCUUUUUGGAAUAUAUCACAUUUGCUUUAAUUCCAAUGGCAGUCAUUGGGCUCCCUUAUUAUGUUUUUGAUUGGGAAGAUUAUGACAAGUAUGUGCUAUUUGCAGCAUUCAAUCUGCUGUGGUCUACUGUUAUCCUUGAACUCUGGAAACGAUCUUGUGCUAUUAUGGCUUACAGAUGGGGAACACUGAUGAUGAAGCGACAAUUUGAGGAACCAAGAUCAGGAUUUCAUGGGGUUUUAGGUAUUAAUCCUGUCACUGGCAGAGAGGAACCCAUAUACUCCAGUUUCAAAAGACAGUUACGGAUUUAUUUUGUUUCACUUCCAUUUGUGUGCCUUUGUCUCUGCCUUUCACUUCAAAUAAUGAUGAUUUAUUUUGACUUGGAAUUCCAAGCACGUUUAUAUUAUGAAGAGAACCAAAAUGAAUUAAGCGCCUUGAUAUUAUACAUGCCCAGCAUAAUUUAUGCUGUUGUGAUUGAAAUUCUAAAUCGAAUUUAUAGAUAUGCUGCGGAAUUCUUGACCUCAUGGGAAAACCAUAGAUUGGAGUCUUCAUAUCAGAAUCACUUAAUUUUGAAAGUCUUGGUGUUCAACUUCUUAAAUUGCUUUGCCUCUUUAUUCUACAUUGCAUUUAUCUUAGUUGACAUGAAACUUCUGAGACAGAGCUUAGCAACUUUACUAAUAACUUCACAAGUCCUUAAUCAGUUUGUGGAAGCUGCACUGCCUUAUUGGCUCCAAAAAAGAAGGAAUAAAACAGUAGAGAAAAAGGUGAAAGCCCUGGAAAUAGAUACUGAUAUGUCUUUAUUUGAACAAGUUAAUCUGGAAAAGGGGAUGGAUACUUACUUGGGUACUUUUGAUGAUUAUUUGGAGUUGUUCUUACAGUUUGGUUAUGUGAGCCUUUUUUCAUGCGUCUAUCCUUUGGCUGCUAUUUUUGCAGUGCUAAACAACAUCACUGAGAUGUAUUCCGAUGCCUUAAAAAUGUGCAGUGUUUUUAAACGCCCAUUUUCAGAGCCUGCUGCAAAUAUAGGUGUAUGGCAGAUGGCUUUUCAAACUAUGACUGUAAUCUCAGUUAUUACCAACUGUAUCCUAAUUGGCAUGUCACCUCAAGUAAAUGCACUCUUCCCAGAUUCAAAAUCUGAACUCAUCAUAAUUGUAGUUUUGGCAGAGCAUUUAGCCCUAGCAGUGAAAUUUCUUAUGUCCUAUGUGAUUGCUGACAAACCCCAAGAUAUUCAGAUAAAAAUGGCAAGGCUAGAAUUUGAAUCUUUGGAAGCACUGAAACAACAGCAAAUGAAAUUGGCUGCAGAGUCUCUGAAAGAACCCUAAGAUGAUAAACUGAACAGUUGCAGAAGUAUAUUCUAUAUUCUAUACAAUAGUAAGAACAAGAAAUACAUGCUUUCAUAUGAUUUCAAACUGUGAUAUCAAGGAUUUUAUCUUUAUUCAUCAUAAAAAUCUCAAUGUAACUGUUUUGCAUAUUACAAUAUACUCCAUAGAAACUGAUUAAAGUGAUUCUUGUUAGAACUCAUAGCCACUACUCUGAUUUGCAAUUUCUUAAGAUUCUUAUGCUAAUUCAAUAAGCAUAACCAUAAAUCUGACCUAGAGCUUUGGAAUGUAACAGCAAUAUAUAAGUUCAUAUUCCUAUGGCAUCUUCAUGUUAAGUAUAUUUUGUCUCUUUGUAGAAGGCUUACUACACACUCUGCUAUUGAAGAAAUUUUGUUUUCUGUAAAAUGUAAUACGUAAAUUUCAAGCUAGGAUCCAGAGUUAAGUACUUUGUGUCAAUAUAUGUAUUGUAAAACAUGUAUGGUGUUUUAACUUGAAUGAUUAUUCUCAAUUAAAAUUAUUAAUAAUUGAAUUGAAUUAUUAAUUAUUAAUAAUUGAAAUUAUUAAUAUCAAAGAAUUGAAAAUAUUUUUUGCAGGAAGCUCAGUUAACUUGAUUCAUUGCCAAGCUACACCCUGCUUAUAUAAUCUCUUUUCUCAGCAUUUAUUUUCUUGGGUCAUUAAAAAUAGGCUGCGGUAAAGAAUAAUUUAAUCUACUAGCAGAGUUAUAUUAAACUGUUCAUUGUAAUUCCCAUUUCCCUCUUGUGCAUACAGGAACAUUUGUCUGUCCCAAAUGCUUUUUUUUUUUUUAGAGUAACUUUUAAACAAUGAUAGUCUUUAUGGCCAACAUUUCUUUCCAUAGCAUUAUGAUAUGGCAAAUAACUUGCUUUUUAAUAAAACAUUUUGCAGAUAAAUUGUAGUUCGUUAACAUUUCCUUCCAUUUCUGUUGGAGAAUGGAAGACUGCAGUACAAGAACUCCUCAGGUUAUGACCAUUCGUUCAGUGACUGUUCAAAGUUAUGACAAAGGAACUUAAGAACGGUGCUCAAAGUUCUGGCCAUUGCAACGCCCCUGUAGUCACAUGAACACAAUUUGAGCACUUAGCAACCAGCUCUCACUUAUGACCAGUUGCAGUGUCUACCAUCAUGUGCAAUUGUAUAAGUUCCUUGGGAAGUCUUCCUGCCUCCUGGCUUUUCCAAACUUUCAUGCACAUAUCUUCCUUCCUCCUUCACUUACAUACACCCUGUGCCCUUUUGGCCUCCCUGCAUUUGCCUGCACUCACCUCAUGUCCUCUUUUUCUGGUCUCCCUGCACUAGCAUACACACAUUUUGUGCCCUCUUCCCCUGCACUUGCAAAAACACAUACACCUCAUGCCUUUUCCUUGGCAUCCCUGGGGCUGCACACAUGCACACACACCAUGUCCACUUUCCUGGCCUCCCUGUACUUGCACACAUAUACGUUCCCCUUUCCCCAGACUCUGCACUUGCACACGCACCCUGGCACUCUUUUUCCAGCUUUCCUAAGCUCAUAUUAAACGGCACCCACCCACUCCAACUCUGGGUGUCCUCCAAUUUCCUGUGGUACCUCUGCAUUCUUUACCUAGGAUUUCUUCCUCUUUCCAUCUAAUGACCUGCAUGUCUGGAGUUAUAACAACUAGGAGUGUCUAGAUUGUUGCUGCUAAACGAAGUAGAUGUGAUAAUGCACUUUAUGACCGUCUCUCUUAGUGAUGGCAGAUCUGAUUCCAAUUGCUGUCAUAAGGACUAACUGUAUUAAUAAUAUAUAUAUAUA